AUAAUGCGUCCAUGUUAAUGUCCGUUGCUAGCACAUAUAGAUCCGUGUUUCUAAUUGACAUUAUUCACUAACAAUUUUGAGUCGAGGAAAGGUGGCUGUCUAGCAAGAUCAGAAAAAUAGAGAAAUCAUGUCUGAGAGAAAGGCCGUUAUCAAGAAUGCCGACAUGGCUGAAGACAUGCAGCAGGACUCCGUAGACUGCGCAACUCAAGCUCUUGAGAAAUACAACAUUGAGAAGGACAUCGCCGCCUACAUCAAGAAAGAGUUCGACAAAAAGUACAACCCAACCUGGCACUGUAUUGUUGGACGUAACUUUGGAAGCUACGUAACACACGAAACCAAGCAUUUCAUUUACUUCUACCUAGGACAAGUCGCCAUUCUGCUCUUUAAAUCCGGAUAAGCAUCAGUAUUGACUUUUAACACACUUCCUGACAAUCAAGAUGCAUGGAAGAGAUACACGGCCGUUAAGAGUACGUCAAACAAAUUAUGCCAACGACCGACUGCCACCACCGAAUUGACUCCAAUAUCGUAUAUGUUGCUUGACCAAAGACUGUUUCAUUAUAGACUCUGUAGAAAUGGUUGCUUACUAUUUAUUUUACAAGAAAAUAUGUUUCUAUUGUUUACUUGCAUUUGUUAAAUAUACAUGUUUACACAGAGAAAACGGUUGCUGAUAUAUGUUGUUAUUAUUAUUAUAAAAUGUCUGGAACACUUUGUCCAGCUAAACAGCAUUAAAAUAAAGAUACUGAGAUGGAAUCA